CAUCAACACCCUCAGCAUGCCUCCCAAGGCCAGUAGCAGCAAUGGGUCUCCUUCGAACAAUGCGCACCUCCUGGACAUGCUCGCUCAGCAGCAAUGUGCACCCAUUGCCAGGCACAUCGAUGCCGGCAAUCCUCAAGCUGCCGUCAAGUCGGCCGAUGUCCUCCUCUCCAAUCACUCGGCCCAGUCAUCCCAUCCUUACGCACGAGCGCUUCGAGCUCACGCCCUCGUCUCGCUGCACCGUCAGUCAGAUGCGUUAGCUGACGUAGAGCACGUCGUAUCUCAUAGCCCCAAGCAGACUCUUUACGCUGCUCAAAUACUCGGCGUCCUCUGCUCGGCGCUGGACCGCAUGGGCCAGGGAGCCAGGGCUGCCGAUCUACUCGACGAGGCCAAUAAGGCUGUGCCCGCUAAUGAGGUGUUGGGACAGAAGGCGUUCCAGGCUGCAAUGAAGCAGCAGGACUACUUGCGCGCACAACAGAUCGCUGCUCGGCUCGCCAAAGCGAUACCCACCCCUCCCGCCGCUUCAUCCUCACCACCUACCUACAGCUCAGUGCGUAAUCGCUACUUCUGGUGGUCCAUCCAGUCCUAUCUCCUCCUCGCGACCGAGACGCCUCAAGCUCAAGGUGCAAAUCUAGCCUUGACUCUGGCCGAGCGAAUGAUAGAGAAGCAUCUCGCGAGCGAAGAGGGCAAGUUCGAUGAGAAGAGUGACCAAGAUGUGCAGCUCUUCGUCGCCGUUCUACUGGAGCAGGCGGAGCAAAGUAAGAAAGAGGAGAAGAAAAGGCAGGCCCUUGAUAUCCUCAGUCAAGAGCCUGGACGAUCGAUCUGCGCUCGUAGCCUGGGGCUGGGCCAGCUGCGGCGCGACUUGCUGAAGCACUGCGGCGAGUGGACAGCGCUCCGCGAUGAGACUCGCGCGUUGAUGGAGGGAGGUGAUGGCAAUUGGAUGACCAUAGAGAAGUGGAUAGAAGCAGAGGUGGCUCUUGCCCCAUCGGUGCACGAUCAAGCCGCCAUCAACUUCCUGGCGCCCUUUUUGCAAAAGGAGGGAAAGACAAGAAGAGAGUAUCCUCUGGCGGCUAUUGCGUUGCUUCACGAGCAGAGGAAGGCGGACAAAGCCAGUCAGCUUGACCUGAGCGGGCCUUUAGCGGACUAUGUGGCAGCAUUUGGGCGUAAGGCGUGCUGCUUCGAGGACUUGCUGCCCUUCGUUGACGCGCUCAGCUCGCACGAGGCGAAGGACCUACUCAAAGCACUGCCCGAGGCAGUGCCGGAGACGUUCAGUACCGAGGAUGAAGUCGUUAGAGCAGUAAAUCAUACCAAGCUACGACACCGUCUGCGAGGUAUCACAGGCAGUCAAGACGGGAGACCAGAGUCGCCGAGCUCGGAGGUCCAGGCCCUGCUUCAGUCCUUCUACGCCUCCAUGCCCUGCUCCUCCAAGGUACCGAAGACGGUUCCACGUCCAGGUUCAGACUGGGUGCUCCUUGCAGCUCAAAUUGCGCUCGCCUGCUUGCAACCUACAGCCUCAGCGCCACCCCUCGUUCUCCUCAACCUAUCCGCCCUGCUCAGUCACGCAACCCAACAAGCAUCUCCUGCCUCCUACCCGCUGAAGCUCCUCCUUCUCAGGCUGUACCUCCUCUUGGACUGCCCAGCGCUCGCCAGGGGAGUAUGGAAGGACUUGAAGAUCCGCUCGGUGCAGAACGAGAGUCUUGCAUGGCUCUGGGCUGAAGAUGGCGGGCUAAUCAACUCGAUCGAUGUUGAUACCGGUAAGGGAGCAGGUGAUGAGUGGCGUCGCGAGGCACAAGGGCUAUACAACGAGGUCAAGGGGGAGUUGCCCAAACUCAUCAGUACGGCAAUGCAGCGCGGCAACUAUUCGAGUGUGCGAGAGUUCCUGGACUUUGCGAAGAGGGUCGAGGGGUCGGGACAUCAGGCUGCGCUGAGGCUGGCGGAGGCGAGGGAGGAGGCGCAACGAGCGGUGGGAAGAGAUAGUGGAAGUGGGUGGGAGAAGGCGAACGCUGCAUUGCAUGAAGUGGCGGGAAGGGUAAAGGAGGAUCUCUACGAUCAGGCUGACCGAAGUGUGCUGCCUAGCUUUGCAGCGAGCAGCAUUCCCAGCUUGGCAACGCUGAGCAGCAAGCAGGGGAGCGGCAGUCAGCAAGGUGCUGACGAGGAACAGGGAUCUGCAAAGCGAUGUCCGCCAGCGUUCGCUCUGCAGGCUUCUUACCUCUCUGCAUGGUACGGCCAGGACCAGGUUGAGGUACCGGAUCCUCUUCGCCUCACUCCGCAGCUCAAUGCAAGGCUCGACGAAGGCGAGAGGCUCUUCGCAACCUGUAUCACAGCGAUACAGUCAGGCGUCAAAGACGACCUCGAGGCGAAAGUGCGCACCUUCGCCUCGCAUGUCGAGAAGCACGUCAUCGGCGACUCCGCUGCGGACACACUGCCUUGGCGUCAGACACACUUCAUUACACGGCUCAUCGACCUCUACCUCCUCGCGAGAGCUCGCUCGUCUGCGCAACCCGACGUGGGCAACGAGGUCACCUCCCUCCUCACGCCAACUCUACGCUCCCUCUCCACCAGCUUGGCGCAGCAGAAGGGGGCCAACCUGCCGUUCCUUGCACAAGCCGCUGCAGCUCCAUCAUCUUCCGAAAGUGGGGACAAGAGCAUGAAUGCUAUCAUCCACGCAGUAUUGCAAGCGCAAAAGGGCGGGCAAGGGGUGAAGGAAAAGGUCGUGAAGGAUGUCAAGGAGGAGGUUGCGAAGAGGAGAAGGACGCUUGCGAUGAGGAUCGAGGGGGUGUUGAAGGGCGCGUGAGGCAAGGGAGAUUCUUUGGGACCGCGGUUGACGAGAAGAUAGACGAGACAUGCAUGUUGGAUCAGUGGAGAGAGCGCAAUAUAGAAGGAACUAAUGUACAAUGGAGUCGAACAGCGAGA